AAAACCGAUCCACACCAAAUAGUCUUAGUCAGUGUUAACUUAGCCUGCGAAGCACCUACAUCGUCGGGCAUAUUCUUCACAUAAACGAGCCGAAAGACACACAUACAAGCAUGAACGCGCCUAUACUCAGAUCAAUCUUCCGUGAAGUACGCAUACCAAAAAGAUUGACGCAAACGCGAGGAGUACAUUUAUGUAUGUCAAGACUCAAUCAUUGUCCAACUCCUUUGACGCAAUUUACGGAUGAUGAACUUAUGAUGAAAGAAACUGUCGCUAAACUGGCUAAAGAGGAAAUUGCUCCACUGGUACGGAAAAUGGAAAAGGAGGGGAAAAUAGAUGAUCAUCUCUUAAAAACACUAUUCGAGAACGGCUUAAUGGGUCUGGAAAUUCCAGUAGAUUACGGCGGCGCAGGUAGCAAUUUUAUGAGUACCAUUUUAACUAUCGAAGAAGUUGCUAAAGUCGAUGGAGCGGUAGCUGCUCUUGUAGAUAUCCAUAACACAUUGGUGAAUUCGCUGAUUAUUAAAGUUGCAUCCGAAGAUCAAAAGCAAAUCUAUUUGCCUAAAUUAGCACAAAACUACGCUGGGAGUUUUUGUCUAACGGAACCUGGUUCAGGAUCGGACGCUUUUUCCCUCAAGACCGAAGCAAAAAAGGAUGGUUCUGAUUACAUUAUUAAUGGAACAAAAAUGUGGAUUUCAAAUUCGGAUAUAGCGGGAGUUUUUUUGGUCUUUGCUAAUGCGAAUCCUUCCGCGGGAUAUCGCGGCAUCACAACUUUCUUCGUGGACCGCGACACGCCUGGUUUAACAGUUGCUAAACCCGAAGAAAAAUUAGGCAUUAAGGCAUCCGGAACUUGCAUGAUUCAUUUUGACAAUGUUAGGGUACCUGAAAGCAAUAUCUUGGGCGAGUUUGGACAUGGAUACAAAUAUGCUGCUGGAUUCCUCAACGAAGGUAGAAUCGGAAUAGGAGCACAAAUGAUCGGAAUUGCACAAGGAUGCCUAGAUGCGACUAUACCCUACACAUUGGAAAGAAAGCAAUUUGGACAUGACAUUUUCUCAUUCCAGUCGAUGCAACAUCAAAUAGCUCAAGUUGCAACUGAACUCGAAUGUGCCAGAUUGCUCGUUUAUAACGCGGCUAGAUUAGUAGACGCUAAAAAGAACGUUAUGAAGGAAGCGGCUAUGGCCAAAUUAGUCGCAUCUGAAACUGCGCUACGUAUCACUGCAAAGUGCAUAGACUUUAUGGGAGGUGUUGGAUUUACCACAGACUUCCCGCAAGAGAAAUACUUUAGAGAUUCGAAAAUUGGCACUAUUUACGAAGGCACGAGUAAUAUGCAGUUGUCUACAAUUGCAAAAUGUAUACGUAAGCAAUAUUCCUGAAUGAUAAUCAGUAUAAAUUUUUUAAAAAUUGUGAUGUAUGUUUGGCCUAAAUUGCAUCACGAUAGUCAUUUUCAAGAUAAAACACACAUGUAUUAUUUUCUCAUUAUAGGAAUAUAUUUUUAUAUUUUUAUAUUAUAAGUCAAUUUCUUAUGAUCGAAUAGAAACGCCCAAUAUUCUAAUGUAUAAUUUAUAAUUCCUAAACACUAAAAUUAAAAGAAAUAUAUUUAUUACAAUGAUACAAUUUUGUAUUUUUGUAAAAAAGGGAGAUGUAUAGAGAAAUAUGUUGCAUAAAAUAAAUUCAGAUUUAGUA